AAAAAACGAAAGAAAAAAAAACGAAAAAAAAAAAAAAAAAAACAAUCCGACCCCAACCUGACCCCUGCCGCUCCUCCCUCGCACGACUCUCUUCCCUCACUACCUCUUAUCCCGCCCACCCACACCCAUCCUUCUCGUUUCUUGUUUUCUCCACACACCUUUUCACGCCUAUCACCACCGAGCGCAUUACGAACUGGCUCAGCUCCGAGAGCAGAGAGCCGCGAGGGCGAGCGAGCGAGCGAGAGAGAGCAGAGAGUCGAGCCCGCCGUGACGACGUCGACCGUCGCCGGUAACAGACAAGAUGGCCUCGCUAUGGUCUAGACGACUAUGGCCCGCCUUAAUAGCCGCGGCCGCCGUCUCGGCCCAGCAGCCGCAACUGCAGACAUUUCCGCUCCACAACGUGCCGACAUACCAGAAGGAGUCGGCCAUGACGCUGCAGAUCUCGGCUCCCAGCGGCGGACUGUCUCUGACGUAUGAUAUCGUGCCGUUCACCAUGAAUGCCGGCCUGGAUCGCAGCGAAACCGAACGAGGGGCAAUCCACAUACAUGGCCCCAUCGUGGUCGCAACCGAAACGACGUACAACGACAUCUCGAACCCGUCUUUGGCAUACCUGAACUGCGACCGCCGGAACGGCUCGUCCAUCACGUCCCAGAUGAUGCUCAACAAGCUCAUGGAGAAACAGCCCGUCGCGAUCCUGCUCUAUAGCACCCAGAGCAACUGCUGCGGCCUGAGCGGGCUCAACGGCACCAUGCCGUACGAGUCCAUAUUCACCAUGACCGACGUGGGCGAGGCCAUCGAGACGCUCAACAUGACCAACUCGGGGAACGGCUGGGUCCAGGCCACCAUCGUGGGGAACGCGACGAACCCCGGCCCGGACGUACUUGCCAGCGGAAGCGGCAAUAACUCUGCCGUCGCAAUGAGCAUCCUCUACAGCAUCACGGGCCUCAUCACCCUGCUGUUCCUCGUAAUCAUCGGGACCGGUGCUGUGCGCGCCCACCGAUAUCCAGAGCGGUACGGCCCCAGAGCUGGGUAUGGUGGCAGGCCGAGCCAGAGUAGGGCCAAGGGGAUCGCGCGCGCCGUGCUGGACACACUGCCCAUCGUCAAAUUCGGUGCCCCGGCGGAGCCGAAACCCGACCCGGCCCUCGAGUUGGAGAGCGCCGAGCAGCAGAGGAAACGCAAGAACGAGACGGGGAACACGAUGCAGGUGCACCAUCUCUCGACCAUCCCCGAGGACGCCGAGGCCGUGCCGUCGGGCAACAACAGCGCAACCAGGGAAUCUCGUUUGCCUGCUGGCGAUGUGGCCGCUGCCGCUGCCACUUUGGAGAUACCCGCGACGAUAGCCGAGGCGGCAGAGCCGGUUGGCGAGGAGCACCUCGGCUGCUCCAUCUGCACCGACGACUUUUUGGUUGGAGAGGACGUGCGGGUACUGCCGUGUGAUCACAAGUUCCACCCCCCGUGCAUCGACCCAUGGCUGAUCAAUGUCUCGGGAACAUGCCCUCUAUGUCGACUUGAUCUGCAGCCGCACAACGACGAGACGAGCCCCGACGGCGGACAACUAUCUCCACCCCUAGGACCCGACCCCGAGACGACGGUAUCCCCACGGCAAACUCGGCGGAGCUCGAGGCUGUUCGACCUGGCCAGGCUACGGCAUGCUUCGGUCGAAGAGCGCAUCGAGGGGCUGAGGCAGUACCGACACGAGUCGCGCGUUGCUGGUGGCGAUGCCAACGAAGAGGAUGAGCGCAGCAGCACGUCACGCCUGACGCAACGCCUCCGUGAGAAAUUCCGAGUGCGGACACGGGCCCAGUCCCCUCCGCAGGCGGAGAGGACACCGCAGGACGCUAGCGCGACGCCUUGAUGUUUUCUUCUCGACACGACGUGGAACACGUCCCCGUCAUGCGAGCACAGCGUCCCUGCAUUCCACGAACUGUUAGUGAUACCCCUGGACGGGUUUUCUUUUUCGACCUACGGAGCGGGCGAUAUAACCGUCGACCAUAAAUGAGCUAAAGAAAGGCCACGAUGAAGAUUAAUGCGACCUUCUCUUUCUCCCAUUUCAUCGCCGAUACACCGUUGGGCCAGGACGAGGAUUUGCGGCCACACAAUGUGGGAUCGCCUCGCGCCGUCGACCUUAUCCGGGUCACACGGCACAAUGUGGGCUCGCGCAGCUGACUCACUGUCUUUUCGUUCUGUUUUAUACCUUGCCCAUGGCCCCCAGGACAGAAAGCAUUGCGUGGCGUUUCUUGAUUCAUAAAAAGAUCAUUAUACACUUGUUAUCUACCUGUGUUAAUACUUCAACUUCAGUCGGGUUGCCACGCCGCGCGAGGCCGGCCACUGUCUUUUCCGAUUCUCCGUUAUCUUUUUCUGCGUUUCUCUCAGCUCUCCUGCCGAACAGACUUCUCCUUUCCUUUUCUGUCUCUAUUCCUAUUUAUCCGGGGGAUAUUUAGAUAGGUCUAUUUUUUGUCAUCUCUUUUUACCAACCUAGGGGAGGGGUGACGACGGCGGUAUCGGGGAGUAUGGGGGCGUUGGGGUUGGGUCAGGUUGGACCCGGGCCGUUUCACAUGGAGAUGGCGCACAGGAGUUAGCGGACCACGGCGUGACGGACAGGAAAGUGGACAGCACAUUGGCCAUGACAUGGCCGCAAGGAACAGACGGGGUGUCGGCCGUGAGCGAAUCGAGGACGGAGCCGAAAGUAAGAGAGUUGGCGGAGUGGACAGAGGCGACCUAUGCUCAAGACGCGACGUAGAUUUAGAAGGAAGAAGGCAGCUUCGGGCCGACUACUCGCCUAAUCGACAAGUAUUGCGCCAAAUGUUUGGAAUAAUGCCAUGCACUUUGUGAUGAUGGCGAAGCUGGACCUUCAAGUUCUUUUUAUUUUGAUUC